GCUGGAGAGGGGCUCAGCUUGGAGAAUCACAUUGCCGGAGCUGUGACACAAACACGAGGAGAUCUCAGGUCCCACAUCAGCCAGUGGGACAACAUCUCAACUACUCAAUGCAAGCAGAGGAGCAACACAGCAAGCAGACACUGGCCACCUCUCCCUGCCCCGGCACAGCCAAGCACUACUCCUGAGGAGCAAGCAAACACACAGCCCCAACUAAACUACACACAAACAAGGCAUCCAACUGGGACCUCUGCUGCUGCGCUUAGAUCAAUUCGAGAUUGAAAUUGAUUUUAAAAGCCCCCCUAACCCACCCCACUCCACCCAGUAUCCCAGUGCACAGAUCAAUCACCCAGCUACCGAAAUAAAGAAAUAAACCCCCCCAGCAGCCCACCCUGUGGGAGCGAUGGAUGGACGGAUUGGACCAUACCAAUGCCAGCCAGCCAGGACCCUCUAACAGGGACUUAGAGAAGGUCAGGGGUUCUCAAUGACUGCAGCAAGAGAACUCCAAUAAAGACAAGCAAUCAGAGGACAAGGUGCUGGGCAGGCAAAGGAAGCAAAUAAAAGUAAGAGAAGGGGCGGGGAAGAAAGUGACAAGAAACACAGGCUGCGGGACGCAAGCAAAGAAAGUUUCCCUUCAUUCAAGUGAGACAUCAUUAAGAAGACACAAUAACCCGAGCAAAAAAAGAGAGGAUACCGAGGGUCAUAAAAGCAGAUCCAAGAAAUGAAGAGCUCGGGGAGGGGGUGGAGUGUGUCAGAGUAACCCCAAUCACAAAACAAGCAAAGAUCCGCGCAGGGAGGCAAAAACAUGAGUAAAGGGGGUGCGAAAAGGGAAGCAAGAAUGUGACCUUCCCCACAAAGUGAUGCUCCGAGUUUGUGCGCCCAGAAGAAGCGUAACCCGGGCAGAGGGCUGCCGCGCCGUGCCGCUCGGUACCGGGCAGACGCAGCAUCUGGCGGAGUGAAGGCGGCUAAUUGCCUCAGCCCAUCCCUCAUUUCCAUAUGCGGUCCGUGUCCGCUGGCCCCGAGCCAAUCCCCUCUCACCCCCGCCGCUAAUCGCCAUGCAUUAUUCACAAUCACAAUUAUAUACCGACAUGCGCAAUCCGCGCCGCACCGACACCAGCUAAUUUCCGUAAUUUUGCAACUCGACUAUUUGUGAACAAUUUUUUUUUUUAUUUGCCACUGAUGUAUCUGCAAAAAAGCAGAAACGAGUCCCAGAUCCCAGUAGCAACGGCAGCAUGUCUCGGAGAAAGCAAGCCAAGCCUCAGCAUCUGAAAUCAGAAGAGGACAUCGGGACCGAGGUGCCCCUUCACAACGCAGUACCAGAAGGACCUGAUGAUGGUGAUAGCGGGAAUGAAAGUCGAAGUGGAAGUGAAGAAACCAAUGUUUGUGAAAAAUGCUGUGCUGAAUUCUUCAAAUGGACUGACUUCAUAGAGCACAAGAAGAACUGCACUAAAAACCCACUUGUGUUGAUUGUUAAUGAUGACAUAGGAGCACCAGCAUCGGAAGACUUCACUGAACCUUCUCCUGCGAGCUCACCCAGCGACCACGGAGAAAGUGAGACCGCAGAAGAAAACAUCCAAGUGGAAAAUAAUGAGACCUGUGACAUAAAAGACACAGAAAAGGAAGAGGAACCUAUGGAGAUUGAAAGCAAUGAAGAAAAAACCUACCCAAGUCAAGAAGCCUCUGACUCACCUUGCCCUCUACCUCAAAUUCCUGAACCAUCUUCCAUGACUAACUAUAACAUGCCAAACACUAAUGUUACUUUAGAGACUCUGCAAAGUACUAAGGUGGCAGUAGCGCAGUUUUCACAAGCUGCACGCUGUGUAGGUGGGGCAAAUGCUGCAGCUACAGCAAUGGCGAUCCCAAUGAUUUUAGAACAAUUAAUGGCACUACAGCAACAACAGAUUCACCAACUGCAACUCAUUGAACAGAUACGUAACCAGGUGGCGCUGAUGAACCGCCAGGCACUGCGUCCUCCCCUGACUCCGGCUGUUACAGCCCAGAGUGCUCCAAUUCCUGCUUCCAACCAGCUGCAGGGUUUUGCUGCACAUUCCUCUCUCCAAAUAACAUCAAUAGUCCCACCCACUCUUGCGGCACCAGUAACUAACAACCCUUGUCAGUCUUUUGAGCCUCCUCAGCAUAUAUCGCAACCUACUUCUGGGGCAAGCACCCCAAAUAUACCAUGUUCCGUCUCUUCUGCAUUAACAGAACCAACAAACACACCAUUAACAACUAAUACAAAACCUGCUCCAGUAACCCCCAGUUCUGUGUCCAGCGCAACUAGCAUAACGCAUCCCCAGAGUUCCUCAACGCCUCCAUCCAUUGGCCAUGGGAAUAUCCUCACCUCAUCUUCCAGCUUGCCAAGCCCUCUUCUACCUCAGAGUUCGUCAAGCAGUGUAAUCUUUCCCAAUCCACUUGUCAGCAUUGCAGCCACAGCCAAUGCUUUAGAUCCUCUCUCAGCACUCAUGAAGCACCGCAAGGGAAAGCCACCAAAUGUAUCAGUAUUCGAGACCAAGUCAACCUCUGAAGAUCCAUUUUUUAAGCAUAAAUGUAGGUUUUGCGCCAAGGUCUUUGGAAGUGAUAGCGCAUUACAGAUUCAUUUGCGUUCUCAUACAGGAGAAAGACCUUUCAAAUGUAAUAUCUGUGGAAAUCGUUUUUCCACAAAAGGAAACCUUAAGGUUCACUUUCAGAGGCACAAAGAAAAAUAUCCCCAUAUUCAGAUGAAUCCUUACCCCGUUCCAGAAUACCUCGACAAUGUGCCCACUAGCUCUGGAAUUCCAUACGGCAUGUCACUUCCUCCUGAAAAACCUGUUACAACGUGGUUAGAUAGCAAACCAGUAUUACCAACCAUUCCAACAUCAAUUGGGUUGCAGCUUCCCCCUACAGUGCCAUGUAUUAAUAGCUAUGGGGAUUCUCCAAGCAUAACUCCAAUGAACAGAUCACCCCAAAGGCCAUCGCCGGCUUCCAGUGAGUGCAACUCUUUAUCUCCAACUAUAAAUAACUCCGAAUCGUGUAUAGCACCACCUGCAGAAUCUCCACCUGCUCCAACAGCAACCACUAUCAACAAAUCAGAACCUAUCCCCCUUCCCUUUCCCCCUCCACCCAUAAGAGUGGGGGAGCAACCUACAAGUGGGCAAAUAUCCUCACCAGUCACCACUACUAUUCCCACUGUUACAGAUACUACUAUUUCAACAAGCCUCCCAAACUCUGUGCUUCCAUCCAUGUCUGACCAGUUCAAGGCAAAAUUCCCAUUUGGUGGUCUCCUAGAGUCUAUGCAAACAUCUGAAACCUCAAAACUGCAACAAUUGGUCGAGAACAUUGAUAAAAAGAUGACAGAUCCAAACCAGUGCGUCAUUUGUCACAGAGUGCUUAGCUGUCAGAGUGCUCUUAAGAUGCAUUACAGAACACAUACAGGAGAAAGGCCAUUUAAAUGCAAAAUUUGCGGACGUGCUUUUACUACUAAAGGCAAUUUGAAAACACAUUUUGGUGUUCACCGGGCAAAGCCUCCUCUAAGAGUUCAGCAUUCAUGUCCCAUUUGUCAGAAAAAAUUUACGAAUGCUGUUGUACUGCAGCAACAUAUUCGUAUGCAUAUGGGAGGACAGAUUCCAAACACCCCUUUACCAGAGGGAUUCCAAGAUACAAUGGAUUCUGAGCUCGCUUACGAUGACAAGAAUCUAGAAACAAUGAGCAAUUAUGAUGAUGACUUUGAUGAUAAUUCUAUGGACGAUGAGCUAGACAUGAAAGACACAGCAAGUGACUCAUCUAAACCACUCAUACCAUACUCGGGGUCUUCGCCGUCUUCACCUCCUACUGUCAUUUCCAGUAUUGCUGCUUUAGAGAAUCAGAUGAAAAUGAUUGACACUGUUAUGAAUGUUCAGCAAUUUGCCGGGUUAAAAAGUAUUGAAAAUGGGUCAGGAGAAAGUGACCAUCUUAGCAACGAUUCAUCAUCUGCUGUAGGGGAUCUUGAAAGCCAAAGUGCAGGCAGUCCAGCAAUAUCAGAAACUUCCUCAUCCAUGCAAGUUUUAUCACCUGCAAAUAGUCAUAGUGAAAGCUUAAUAUCAAAGUCCCCACAUUUAGUCGGUCAAGAAGAACCAGCAGAGAUACAGCUUAAGGUAGAGAAGCCAGACAGUCCUCUACCAGCUGCAGAAAACGAAGGUGCACUGGAUCUGACUGCCACCAAUCCUGGGAGACCAAUCAUCAAAGAAGAGGCUCCUUUUAGCCUGCUGUUCCUGAGCAGAGAACGUGGUCCCAGCCAAACUACUACUAGCCUGGUCACCAGCACAGCGCCUGCCAUGAUCAAAAUGGAAGUGAAUGGUCACACCAAGUCGAUCUCAAUGGGUGAAGGUCCCCACCUUCUACCAGGAAUCCAGGUUCCUGCUGCACCACAGACAGAGAUGAGUUCAGGCAUCACUCCUAUGCUGGCACCUCCACCACGACGAACUCCCAAGCAACACAACUGUCAUUCGUGUGGGAAGACCUUCUCUUCAGCAAGUGCACUACAGAUACAUGAACGUACUCAUACUGGUGAAAAGCCAUUUGGUUGCACAAUCUGUGGUAGAGCAUUUACCACAAAAGGGAAUCUUAAGGUCCAUAUGGGAACACACAUGUGGAAUAACGCCCCAGCAAGACGAGGUCGCCGGCUUUCGGUUGAAAACCCCAUGGCUUUGCUUGGAGGGGACGCAUUGAAAUUUUCAGAGAUGUUUCAAAAGGAUUUGGCAGCACGAGCAAUGAAUGUUGACCCAAGUUUUUGGAACCAGUACGCUGCUGCUAUCACAAACGGGCUAGCCAUGAAAAACAAUGAGAUUUCUGUUAUACAGAAUGGAGGCAUUCCGCAGCUUCCCGUCAGCUUGAGUGGCAGCGCAAUCCCAGCGUUAGGUAACAUCGCGAGUGGACUGGACCGGACACAUACUGGCAGCAGCCCUACUAUUAUUAAUCUGGACAAAGUAGGCUCAGAGACUCUUGUAAAUCGACCAUUCGCAAGGUUUAUUGAAGAGAAUAAAGAAAUCGGCAUAAAAUGAACAAAAAAAAAAGAAAGGAAGAAAACUACUCUUCAAGUCUAUGUAUUAUUUAUGUACAGUUUUUUGAACAUACAGUAUAUUAAGGUGUCCUAACUCAAAUACCUUCCAUCCUUUUGCUCAUAGCAGAGAUGCAUAGUCUUUUGGAUGCAGAAGAGAUGGGGUUUUUUUUGCAAGAAUGCAUGGUAUUCCUCGCGCAGUUUAACUGACUGUCACAACAGACUUCAUGCCCCUUACAUUGGAUAACAUGCUUUCAAAGGCUGUAACACGGCCAGACCUUUUUUUUGGUUGGUUUGUUUGUUUUAACUACAAAAUUAAUAUCUAUUGGUGUUAUUGGGUGCAAAAUAAUGACUUCUUUGUCCGACUUACUUACCGGUUUUGUUUGAAAUUUGAUAUUCACUUGAAGUAUCUUUCUAAUACUAUACAAGUCAUUUAGUAUACCCAAUACUGUGUAUAAUUGCAGUAUCUUUGUCUGUAGUAUUUAUAAAUAACAUUAUGCGGGUAUUCAACCAGAAGCAGGCCCCACCAUCUAUUGAUUUCUUUCUUUUUUUUUUUUACAAGGUACAGCCCAGUCUGUGACAUGUUAUUAGCAAAGAUCGUUUGCCAUAAUUCAGUGAUGGUUAUUCCAAUGCAGGCGAGAAUUUUGUGACAUUUUCUUUGGGAAGAUCGCAUGCUUUACAUGUGCAAGUAUCUGUCAGUAACAAAUCCUUUUAUUUAAAUAUUUGUAGCUGCUAUAUGGACAGUCGUUCAGUAUAAAUGAGAAAAAAAAAUUUGUUGUGUGAAGAAUAGUUCACUGGUCGGAAAAAAAACCACUUACAGACAAAAUGUUUUCAAUCGAAAAAGUAUACACUUCAUAAGAAGAUGUGAGUAAAAACUUAAUGUUAACUUUGCUGUACAAUAAAGGGUAAUGUUUGUAUAAUGUGCUUGCAAACUCUUAAUUUAUACUAUUGCACUUUUAGUAUUUUGUAUAGCAGAGGAUUGUCUUAUCAUUUGGAGAGAAAAAAAAUUAAAUGAGCCAAGAUGUGAACUAUUUCAUAAA